GCUGUGACUGACCUCUUAGUCAGACAGAAACAGGUCACGCUUGGCAUGCCACCUUUCAGUGAGUUUACCAUCACGAGACCUCUUCCGUCCAAAGAACUCAGACUCAUAAUCAACAAAGCUCACCAAGAAGAUCAAAGUACAGCCAUGUUGACACAGGAGUUGUUGGUGUACCUAGCCAUGUUUAUUCGUACUGAACCACAGCUUUUCCAAGAAAUGCUGAGACUCAGAGUCGGACUUAUAAUACAAGUAAUGGCGUCUGAGCUCGCUCGAUCCCUGAAAUGCUCUGGUGAUGAAGCAUCUGAACAUUUGUUGAAUUUGAGUCCAUUUGAGAUGAAGACCUUGCUUCAUCAUAUUCUAAGUGGCAAAGAGUUUGUUGUCAAAAGUGCUCGAAGUGGAAUUGUUUCAGUGACAAGCAGUAAGGCUAGUAAGGUAAGAAUUUCCAUUUUUUUUUUGUCAAA